CAUCCCGAGUGACCCCGGAAGUGGCGCGGGCCGCCGGAAGCAGGGCGAGCGCUUCCGGAAAACCUGAGCGUCACCAUGACAAUCCCCGGCACGUGACCCAGAGCCAGCAGCGGCCCCCUCGCGCCGCCAGCGCAGGCAUGGACGAUGGCUUCCUCAUGGAGGUGUGCGUGGACUCGGUGGAGUCUGCCGUCAACGCGGAGCGCGGAGGUGCCGGCCGGAUCGAGCUGUGCGCGGGGCUGGUGGAAGGGGGGACCACCCCCAGCAUGGGGCUGCUGCAGGUGGUGAAGCAGUGCGUGAGGGUCCCGGUGUUCGUGAUGAUCCGGCCUCGCGGGGGAGAUUUUCUGUACUCGGACCGCGAGGUGGAGGUGAUGAAGGCCGACAUCCGCCUGGCCAAGCUGCACGGGGCCGACGGGCUGGUGUUCGGGGCCCUCACCGAGGAUGGGCGCAUCGACACCGAGCUCUGCACGGCGCUGCUGGCCGUGUGCCGUCCCCUGCCAGUCACAUUUCAUCGCGCCUUUGACAUGGUACACGACCCUGUGGUGGCACUGGAGACCCUGAUUUCUCUGGGGUUUGAGCGGGUGUUGACCAGUGGCUGCGACAGCUCAGCGCUGGAAGGAUUGUCCUUAAUUAAGAGGCUUGCGGAGCAGGCAAAGGGCAGAAUCGUGGUGGUGCCAGGGGGUGGCAUCACAGAGCGCAACCUGCAGAGGAUUCUGGAAGGCUCCGCUGCUUCUGAGUUUCACUGCUCUGCUCGCUCAGCCCGGGACUCGGGCAUGAAGUUCAGAAAUCCGAACAUCACUAUGGGAGCGUCCUUCUCCGCCCCUGAAUACUCCAUAAAGGUGGCAGACGUGGCCAAAGUGAGGACCCUGAACGCGAUUGCAAAGAACAUUCUGUAGUGGAAGGUACCGUGCUGGGACAAGAGCACUGAGACUCCAGGGUCUUCCCUGCCACAUGGACAGAUGGAUACUGCUUCCAUCCUCAGGCUGUAGAGGAUGUGAACUAGGUGACGAAGCCUGACAUCUCUUCCCUUGGCUUCCCCUGAAUCACCAGUCCCUGGCCUGGAAACUUAUGUUGGCCAUUUUAAAUAAAAGGACUCAUUCCCAGAUGUUGCAGCAACAACUGUUGGGCAGUAUUUGGGAGAAAGGGAGCUGAACAAGUUGGGGGAUUGAAUCGUGUAGCACUGCAUGUGAUUGUCAAAUAAACACUGCAGCUACCCCCUCUU